AUGCCGGUCAUUCAGCGAAUGUGCGGCACUGCUAACGGUAUGUGGCAUGUGCCUGCAACGCGGUAACCGUCUUCUUAUAUCAGUUUAACACAUAUUUCUCUAUGCGUUAAUGCGAUACGGCGUUUCACGAUGGAUAUACAGGAAUUGCAUCCAAAUAAAAGCAAAGCAGAAUUGACUCCAGAGGAAGAAUGGAGGGAGCAGCACAUAAAGAUGCACGAACAGCAUCGAGGUCACGAAUCUAUGCACGCAGAAAUGCUGCUUAUAUUGCUGAUAACGGUAGCGGUAGCACAGAUUGUACUGGUUGAAUGGAAGAAGAGGCACUUUAAAUCAUACCAGCUUGUAACAUUAGUAGCCAUGUGGAUUAUUCCAUUUGGAAUUAGCUUGAAGAACCACUGGUGGAGAUUUAUAUUUUUAUGGCUUUUAUCUUCGUGUAUAACGGGUCUAGUAGUAAGGAAAGCCAUUCAGAGACCAAUAGAAGGUACCACGCCUAGAUUAGUGUACAAAUGGUUUUAUUUUAUUUAUAAGCUCAGCUACGGGCUGGGUAUAAUCGGAUAUCUUUUAGUUAUAUUUACACUCGUUGGUCUAAAUAUCGUAUUGAACGUUAAGCCUGUCGUUUGGAUGGAUUGGGGCAUGUUGUUCAUAUUUUACGGUCUUUACUUUGGAGUAUUAGGAAGGGACGUUGCUGAAAUGUGCGCCGACACGAUGGCGUCGCACAUCGGGUAUUAUGCCCCAGACAGUAUCCCGACCAGGGUUUUGGAGCCAAAUGUUUGCGCAGUAUGCGGAAAUAAACUUCUAGUUUCCGAACGUGAGGAGGGUGUAAUCGAAAAUACGUACAAGCUUACUUGCGACCACGUUUUCCACGAAUUUUGCAUUAGAGGCUGGUGCAUUGUAGGGAAAAAACAGACUUGCCCUUAUUGCAAAGAGAAAGUUGACUUAUCGAAAAUGAUCCGCAAUCCUUGGACACAGCCGCAUGUUUUAUACGGCCAAUUGCUGGAUUGGUUAAGGUGGCUGGUUGCUUGGCAACCGUUGAUUUUGUUUCUAGUUCAAGGUAUCAAUUGGUCUCUGGGCCUUGAGUAAGUAACAAUGUUGGUUGAACACGAACUGCUCUCACAUGCAUCAUUAUUAUUAUUGCAACGCUAAAGAAAAUGAUUAACUUAGUCCUCUGAUCAAUACUGUGUUUGUAUUUUUGUAUAUGCUGUUAUUAUUUUUGUUACUCAUAAAACAAAUAUUAGAUAGGAAAUGCAAUGCCAGAAAAAUCAAUAAUCCUACUCGUGUCUAAAUGUUAAAUAAUACCACAGUUCAUCAUCCUGAACGAUAUUUAUUUGUCUUCGUGAAAGUAGAGUUGAAAGAAAUCUCACGAUUAACACGAUUAAACGUUUCUUUAAUCAAAGAAAUACAAGACAAAAAUUCGUUAUAUGAAAUAAAAGUCUUUUUCAUAAUGUAUUACAAAAAUAUUAAAGCUCAAUAAAUGUGUGAACUGGAUGUAAUGUAAAUAUAUAUCUGAAAAAACAUACCACAUAUUAAAUAAAUCAUUGUGUGAUUAACAUAAGAAACGAUCAGUUAUGUGGUGAGAUUUUUGUAUUGUUGCUCUAAAGAUUCUUUGUAUGCAUAUUAAAAAUGACUUAAAUGACUGUUUUAGAAAACAGUUGUUGCGUGAAUAAUAAAAGACAUGAGAAGGAUUAAAUCAUUGUACCAUUAUCUUUAAUAUUUAAACUAAUUAAUCUGUCUCAACAGUUUUAGCAGUUAAAUAUCAGGUUAUAUCAACGUAUUGAAUUUCUAUUCAUUAAUUUGUUAUUUAUAUUUCUUGCAAAUGUGUUCUAAUAACUUCCUACUAAUAACAAAUACAUUCCAACAUUCCUAAGCCCAUGGUGGGUGUUGCUUCCAAUAUUUGCUUUAUCAAAAGAUAUGCAGUUACUAGAAAGUAAAGAAUGCAUGUAUAUAUUUCGUAUAUGACUGCUGUUCACAAAAUGUUCAUAUUAUAACAUAGUUUAUGUAAAAAAAUAUUAGGUUACAUUAAAUAGUCGACAUGAAUUGUACAUAUCUUCUUUAAGUUGUUUCAAUGACAUUCUCUGAUUAAUGUUUUGCAAUUGUGAGAUGCAAAUCGGAAGAGUAUUGACGAAAUAAAAAUUAUUUGUGAUUAUUAGAGAAAUAUUUAUCCAUCAUUUACAAAUACCACUUUUCGUUUGAUUAGAGAAUAAUUUCAGCAAAUUUUAUUGUACAAGCAUUCUUCGAAAAUUCACUGUUCUACUAAUUUGUGUUUUCUAUAAUAAAACAUUUACAUGUAAUAACAUUUUUCUAAACGCCACAAGUUUCGCAGCAUUCAAAAAAUGGAGAUCAGACUAUUGUAAUAAAUAUAUAUAAAUCCAUUGUUGUAAUAUAAUUGCACUUAACUCUGUUGCUAGUCGCUCUAAUCAUUGAAAGAUGUUUUUAAAAUGUAAUAUUAAUUAUUAUUUAUAUUUCUUUUUUUUUUUAAGAUCGUUUUAAGGGAGAAAAGUAUCUGAUAUAUGUUACAUUCUCGACAAUAAAUAAUUGUGACUUUUCGUUCUGUUCCUUUUGAACUGGGCAAUUGUGAAAUCUGUUAAUAUUGUAUAUUGGAUUACAUUCGACUGUACAGUAACAGUAUUAAGGGGAAUGUAACAUGUAUCUUUUUCAUAUUGUUUUUCCUCGGAAAUAAUGUGUAAUACAACCAUUUGUAAAGAAUAAAGCCACUGUCAAGAACACGUUUUUUGCAAUAAAAUGAUGUAUAAAACGA